AAGUAAGAAAUUAUAUUAUUUAUACUUGGGCACUUUUUGCAAAAGCAGCUAAAGAAGUAUUCUCUUUAACUAUACAACAAUUAACUGGAUAUUUCAAAUUGCAAGCUAUAUUAAAUAAUAAGCUCAAUGCUUUAAUUAAG